UCUCGGUGCGUUGAAGCCGGGAGACCGCGGCGGCCUCGACUCAGACCCCUCCGCACCCCGGAGCCCCCCACUCCCACCCCGCCGUCCCGUCCGCUGCCCCCCCAGCAGCCUCCACCGGAGCCCCCCGUGAGCACUCUGGGGCAUGGCCGUCAAUGUGUACUCCACAUCCGUGACCAGUGAGAACCUGAGUCGCCAUGACAUGCUUGCUUGGGUCAACGACUCGCUGCACCUCAACUAUACCAAGAUAGAGCAGCUCUGCUCAGGUGCAGCCUACUGCCAGUUCAUGGACAUGCUGUUCCCCGGCUGCGUGCACUUGCGGAAGGUGAAGUUUCAGGCCAAGCUGGAACACGAGUAUAUCCACAACUUCAAGGUGCUGCAGGCAGCCUUCAAGAAGAUGGGUGUUGACAAAAUAAUUCCUGUAGAGAAAUUAGUGAAAGGAAAAUUCCAAGAUAAUUUUGAGUUUAUUCAAUGGUUUAAGAAAUUCUUUGACGCCAACUAUGAUGGGAAGGAUUACAACCCGCUGCUGGCGCGGCAGGGCCAGGACGCAGCGCCCCCUCCUAACCCAGGUGAUCAGAUCUACAACAAAUCCAGGAAGCUCAUUGGCACAGCAGUUCCCCAGAGGACGUCCCCCACAGGCCCCAAAAACAUGCAGACCUCCGGCCGGCUGAGCAACGUGGCCCCACCCUGUAUCCUCCGGAAGAAUCCCCCGUCUGCUCGGAAUGGCGGUCACGAAGCCGACACCCAGAUUCUGGAACUGAACCAGCAGCUCCUGGACCUGAAGCUGACCGUGGAUGGGCUGGAGAAGGAGCGAGACUUCUACUUCAGCAAACUCCGUGACAUCGAGCUCAUAUGCCAGGAACACGAGAGUGAGAACAGCCCAGUCAUCUCGGGCAUCAUUGGCAUCCUCUACGCCACCGAGGAAGGCUUUGCACCACCCGAAGAUGAUGAGAUUGAAGAGCACCAACAGGAAGACCAGGACGAGUACUGAAGCAGUCAGGCCUGGCUGAUCUUCCUGCUUUCUGGGGCUCCCCCGCCCCCCACAUUAUAUUCCUUUCCUUACAUCUGGUCGGCCGGGUGCUUUAUGUCCGGCUGGGGGGGGUCAGGGGGUUCUGGGACAGGUGAGCAGGCCAAAGCCCCAUCCUUCUGCGGCACAGGCCCGGGAGGGAGGCGGCGGGACCCCUGCCCACUCUGCGCCCCUAUUUAUUUCCGUUGUUUCCACUGUGUGGGUCCCCCCUCUCCGGGGUGCUGCCGCCACCCUCCCUGCCAGCCGUCUGCAACUCCAUCCACCUCCCCCAUAGCCAGCAGCUGACUUUCAGACAAAGUCGUUGGUAUAUUUUUACUUACUGAUUUCCCUUGCACUUUACCUGUUCCCGUCCUGGGGCCGAACCCACCACGCAGGACUCACCCACCCCACCAACUCUUAUUUAUUUUAUCCGCAGACUUCCCAGUAGUUGAGGGAAAGGCUGAUGUCCGUCAAGAGAGAGGCAGGGGCCCCCCGAGGGUCAGGGAGAAGGAGGGGAGCAUGCAUGGGCGGAGAAUGAGCUCCAGGCACCAGGCUCACCCACACCCCCUUGGCCUCUGCCUCCCCCCAGUACCCCAGCCCUGCCCCAGGCCCCCCAAGCCACCAUCUCCUGCGACUUGGUUCAUGCCACACAGCCUCACCCAGACCCUCCUGUCCGUCUGCCCUGUUCCCUGUCCUCCAUGUCCCUCUGCCCUAUCCACCCCCGCCUGCAUAUGUGUUCACUUUUAUUUAAAUAAAAUUGUGUGGUAAAAGUC